AACAAGAAUGGCAACUAACAAAAUCUCCUUCUUCUUGGUUCUUUGCCUCUGUGUUUUGAUAUCCUCAGGAUUUGGAGAAGCAGCACUAAAUCCAACGGGAAGAAAAUGUCCGGAUCCAAAUGGUGUAGACAAAAAAGCUGCAUGUUAUAGCUAUUGUAAAACACAAGGUUUUAUGGGUGGUUCUUGUCAAGGACAUAAAGGUAAUUACAUGUGUAAGUGUUAUGAAGGUAUAUGAAUACCUAUUGCAUGGCAUCUUCGACGGCAGUCUCUCCUUAGAACUCUUGCUAAUAAAAUACCGAAGACCAUCAAUGGAGAGAGAGAGAAUAAACGCUUCCUUACGUUUUAACAUAAUAACGUUUCGAAUGAAGAUGGACUACACCGCUCUGCAUCACCAUUAGUAGUAACAAAAAUCUCUACAUAUAUAUAAUUAUAUGUUUUUGUUACUAUUAGAACCGUAUCGCAGUUGUUUCAUAAUUGCCGUGCAUGUUAUUCGGACCCUAAAUUUAUAGGUAUUGCUUGUUUGAAGUCUGGAAUUAAUCUAAAACAAUAAAACAUAAUUAAGUAAUAAGAUAUAAUUAUUAUUUUUUGU